UCCGGUGUGCGCCCCGUGUGGGAAGGCCGCGGGCGGGAGACGCGGGGAGUCGCCUCGAACUCCUCUCAUCCCUCCUCCUCGCCGCUCUCCUCCUCCUCGCCGCUCCCCUCCUCCUCGCACUUUGCGCUUCCUUCGCCUCGGAACCAGCGGUGCCCGUCGCGGGCAGCCUCACGGUGCGUGCCUGGGGAGCGGUGGCUCAGUGGGCAGUGCCAUGGCGGGCUUUGGGGACGGCUCUCUGGGCCCAGCGGGAGCGGGCCGCGGGCCCCCCGGCAACAGGGGGGACCGCGGCAUCGGCCACGCCAUCGACUUCGUGCUCUCCAACGCGCGGCUCGUACUGGGCGUGGGCGGCGCCGCCAUGCUGGGCAUCGCCACUCUCGCCGUGAAGCGGGCGUACGACCGCGCCGUCAGCGCGCCUGUCAGCCCCACGCGCAAGCCCGAGGACGUGGGCAUCGCUGGGCUGAGCAGCUGGGAGGAGCCGAGCUGGGUGGGGGCGUCACCACGCCUGCUGUCGCACGACAUGCGCUCCACCGUGAGCCGCUCGCUGCAGAAUCUGCCCCAGGGCCUGGCGGGUGACGCGGCCGUCCUCGACGACGAACAGCUCAAAAGCUCCUCGGCCAACAGCCUGGCCCCGGGCGCCGGGCUUCACGUGGGACGAGCCGUGCCGGCUCCGGACCCGCGCCGCGCCCCGCUGCAGCGGCAUCUACUUUCCUUCUACCGGCGCCGCGUGCUGGUGGCGCCGUCCCAGGUGGCGGCGGCCAAGCACGUGGCGCUGGAGAUCUGCUCGGAGCUGCGCGAGUUCCUGCGCGCGCGGCACUCGGAGCUGCCGCUGGACGACAUGAGCCUGUGCGGGGGGCUGUGCGAGGACCUGGCGGUGGUGGCUCCCGACCGCGUCGCGCUCGCCCUGCCGCUGCUGCUGGAGGAGCGGCUGUGGACGGCGGUGCCGGGAGAGGAGACCAUCAUGGCGGCGCCGGGGUGCUGGCUGCUGCGGCGCGACAACGCCGAGUACUUCCCGCGCGGCUUGAGCGUCUGGGACCGCUGGCUCGUGGGCGCGUACCUCUCCCCGGUCGCCAUCGCGGAGGCGCUGCGCCGCAUCGUCGCCGACAGCGUCAACUGGCCGGCCAUCGGCGCCGCGCUCGGGUACCGCGUGCGCCCGUGCGCGCCGGCCGACGGGCUGGCGCUGGAGGUGACGUACCGGGAAGGGGACGGGGAGGACGACGGCGAGGGCGACGGGGCACGGGACGGCGCGGGGGAGCGCCGCCUGCGCGUGGACGUGCUCCUGCGCGUCACCUUGGCGAGCUGCACGCUGGUGGCGCGGCCCGGGGACGCCGGCGGCGCCGGGGGGCGGCACGCGGAGACGCUCUGGCGCCAGAGCUUCCGCGCCGUCGAGACGGAGCGGCUGCGCGAGCUGGACGCCCGGGACUCGGGCUCCCGCCUGCUCUGCCUCAAGCUGCUCAAGGCCGUGUGCCGCACGCACCCGGGGCUGGAGCGGCUGCGCUCCGAGCACCUGCGCUCGUUGAUCCUGCACGCGUGCGACGCCGGCGCCGUCGACUGGGCCGAGGACGCGCUGGCCGAGCGCUUUCUGGAGUUGCUGCGAGAGCUCGUGGAGCGGCUGGAGCGCGGCUCCCUCCCCGCCGCCUUCUGCCCCGCGCUCAACCUGCUGGCGCCGCUCUCGGAGGACGAGGUGGACGAGCUCGGCUACACGCUCUACAGCGCCAUCUCCCAGCCCGAGAAGCUGCUGCAAGGCUGAGGCCGAUCGACGCGCCUGGUGACUCGGCCAAGACGCGCGGUUGCGGCCGGAGGGGCCCCCGUACCCCCCUCCCCAACCGGUCACUCGGGCCGUGAGGCUCUCUUUGUUUUAUUUUACCAGGUGAUGCCCAGUGAUCUAUGUAGCUCUUUUUCAGAAGUGACCUGGCCACAAAUGACAGCUGAACAAAGUGGCUUAUCAACAUGUGUACAUUUAUAUCAGCCAAGUACUCUUAAAUGCAUGUUGAUUCUAAACGUGGAGGGAAAAGCCGGAGGACCCGGAGUAAAAUCCACCCGACCACGGGGAGAGCGACACGCAAACUCCAAAUAUACAGCAGGCGUCAGGGACGGGAUCAAACCCACAACCUGCUGCAUACCAGGCGCGAGGGAGUUAUCAUCUUGCCACCGGGGCACCCCUAGAAAGCUUUUGUACGGAACAUGUGGAUCGCAGCCCGUGCAGAGGUCACCUCACUCGCUCACGUUGACACGAGUCUGAAUGGAAUCCUCAAUCAUGCUUGUGAUUGGCAAGGGAUCUUGCCUGGGUGCAGCGAGUCGCCCGUCUAACUAGUCUGCACCCUUAUUCCUCAAUUCGGGCGUCCCGGUGACUUCCAGUUCACGCACAAACUGCAUCUUCUGGCGGAGAAAUGUACUUUCUGCUGCGAAUGCAGAAGUUUGGCAGCAACCUGUAGCUUCUCACCAGGGGUGAUCCACGCUCUGUACAGACCCACUCAGUGUUGCUGAACAUAAGGAAAGGUCAUCUGUGUUGCUGAAAUGCUUUAAAAAAUGUUUGCUACUCUUGCCAGUGCAAUUGUUACAGAUUGCUGAGAAAUAGUUGGCAGUGCACAACACGCCUAAUCAUUAAAUAUUCAAGUGAGCAAUCUUCUGAACCAGCUGCAGUGCUAUGUGGGCGAGGGAAAUGCUAUUAAAGCUGGGAAAUAAUGGAAAUGCUCUCUCCAGCCUAAUCCGGUGGCUAUGGGUUAGGUGCUUAUGCAUUCAUCCUCUGUCAUUCUGUCUACAAAUUGCACAAAAUAUUCAGACAUUGAUAAAUACAAUCCACAGAUUUAUUCAUUUACAAUUUAAUGUUAUAAAUUCAGAAUAUUACAAUCUUCAACGGAACCCAAAUGUGACUGUGGAACACAGGACACGGCAUUGCGUGUGCAGUGCUCAUGUACGGCUUGGUUUGUAAUCACCAAACAUCCGGACAGCCCAACCACCGUUGAUUCUACAGCCCAUCCUAGAAUUCUCAGCUGGUUGCCUUAUCCUCUACAAUUUCAUCUAUUGACCGUUUACACUGAAUUCGAAGUCCCCCCAGUCUGGACAUUUUAAGAGAGGCAGCUUUUGCUGUUCUCUGAAUCUUGAAGACCCAAUUUUGUCAAGGUAUCCAUUGUGGUAAAUAUUGUCCAUACGUGUUCUUUAGCACGUGCUCUCAUCCAACGUGGUUGUUUUCGUCGGUCAUGUGCUUCAUUAUAAAAGCGAUUUGAAAGCAAUAUUUCUCAAACACUACGAGUGAACAAGCGAUUACAUUUUCCUGGGGGCACAGCGAGACAUUAUGAAUGGCUGUGUGGAGCCACAGUUACCGUCGUAGACCUCUUGUACCCCGUUCCCACUGUGGCACUUCUUAGCCGAGCCAGAGCAGGACCCUCACUGUUUCCCAUACAGAGCCAGAACUAUCUCGCGAUACGCUGGCCUCGUGUGAUAUCUCGUCGUGGCUCGGGGCCAAGCAGGGCCUGGUAUGGGGUUAAUGACGCGUUGAUUGUGCGUGAAAUCGGUUAAUACAACGGCGAAACAGCAUCACCCCGUUUAAAUGGACGUGCAUCUAAACUCUUUCAGUGCGUGCGACGUUUAACGGCACGACAUGUCACGGCUUCACGCCAUCUCCGGUCAUCCUCGCAGCGGCGACUUUUGGCCGGCCAUCGAACAAAGACAAGUCACCGCAUCGCAAAGCUGCCAGAUGAGCUUUUGCGGCUGUCUGGAACGCUCUUCCGAUAAUAGGAAGCCACUGGAGCUAUGCACUUUUAAGUGAUCUAGAUUGAAAACUCAUUUCUUUAGAACUGCUGUUCGUGUUAAGUUUAUUGUCCCUCCCCUCACUUCUGAUUAGCAUGGUUGGCUACGUACGGUGCGAGCUAAGUUCACCAUACAGUACAUACUGUGGAAAAGUGACCAAGUGCCUCCCGUGCCCCUCGGAUGUACUGUUGAAAAGAGAUCUAAUUAGUUAAGGAGCUUAUGCAUAUCCGAGGUGCAAUUGUAAAUACCCCACUCACACAAGUGAAGCUUUCGUGACUGCAGGAAUCCAUACUCUUUGGUUCUUUCGGUAAAGUCACGUAGGUCGAAAAAAUAAUUUCAUCGCAACGCAAGCAAUCGUCAUCAGGCGGAAGAAAGAGAAUAUUAUUCAGUUCAAUGCUUGCCCUGCCUACGUUCAAAUGCCGCUGAAAGCUAUAGCAGAUGUCUCCCGUAUCCGCAAGGGAGACACGGGUAGCCUUGGUGUAGAGCGGCCAUUCCCAGUAGGGACUUGCAGGUGUUGUGGAGAUUGUAAUUGUCCGCUGCGCACCCUGAAUUACGUUGCAUUACUACAGUGACGUCCUUUACCUCUUGCUAGCGGCUUUGAGGAAUCCUCCGUGCCAAGAGGUUUUCAACCACUCGUGGAGCUCUCCGAAAACACGUUCGGCUGUUGACUUUGGCGCAUAACGGCUGACCGCGUGCGAUGGUCGUCACAGGGUCUUCAGCAGUGACGGGCAACGUAGACGAGCCGGUGGGCCACGUGAGCGUCCCUCCUUCACCUCGGUGGGCUUCAAGCUUGACAUUGUGCUCGUGCACUAAUCAUGACCCCAUGCAUCACCACAGACACUGAGACCAGGCCACCACCACACAUCACCCGAGACACACUGAGACCAGACUACUACUACACAUCACCAUAGAGAUACACUGAGACCAGGUAACCACCACCACACAUCACCAUAGAGACACUUGAGAACAGGCCACCACCAGGGGGUCCACAGCCCGCGGGCAGGAUGUUACCCAUCACUGGUCGGUCUAAAGACGACCCCCCCCCCCCCCCAUAGCCUAAACAGACUGUUGGGGCAAGUGCUGUUAACGAGUAGCACCUAUGAAGGCCGGCACGGCACACGAGGGGGUGGGUGGGCAGCAUCGCGAUCGGUCGCCUUUGUCUCCCGUGUGGCGAUGUUUACACUGCACCAGGUACUCAUUUUAGGCUGAGUCGACCUAGGGGAGGCUCAGGACCGGUUCAGAUAAUCGUCACUGGUGUUGGCCGUGAGCGGAAAUCAAAUUCGGGUCGCUGGGUUCGUAGUAUGGCGUGGUAACCGUCUUCAGAGUCCCAUAUAUGACGCAUGAGCAGUCGGCAGCAGGAACCGGAGUGAUGAAACCAAGCUGAUGGAUCCAGUGGCGAGGUUGACACCAACCGCAGCGCCGUGAUUCAUGUCGUGCGCAACCCAACGUCAUGUUGUGACGCAUGGUACAUUCUACGGAGAUGUCACGCGUUGCACUCAAGAUGCUUUCGCUGAUCGACAAAAACACCAAUAACUAAGCAUUUUAUGAAAGCGUAUAUAUAUUUGCGAUUGGAACAUAAGCUUGGUUGGAAAUGUGUAAAAUCUUGACUUUUUUGCAGGUACAGAUGGCUUCCAUAUUACAAUUAAGCACUGCGAUUAUCAUUCAAUAAUUUAUCAAUCAACAGCACUGCUGUGAGAUGCAUAUUAGCGCAGCAGAGGCAUAAUUUGCCUGUGUUGAGACAUUGUGCGGUAGAUGCAUUGGCCACAAUCUGUGAGGAUGAAUUCACUUGCCACAAGAUUACAAAAAAACCACGACGUCUUCCCAUGCCAUCCACCAAAAGCGGAUGAAAACCCGAGCCUGGAAUUUUGGCAGAGUUUUGCAUGGUUAAAAAUUACGUGGAUGAAAUGAGUGGGUAGUUACAAUGCACCUCAUGUCAACGUGUGCACAAUGUCUUGCAUGCAGAAGUGGUUUUGCCUCCCAAGCGGACUGCCACGUUCGCCUCUCGGGCCAGACCAAGAUGAGAACCUCCAGGAGCCCUGCCUGUUAUUGUGGCAACUUCCCAUGAAUUCAUACCUAUAUUUUUACAGUGCAGUAAUGUAUCUAUCUGUUCAGCUUGGUCACCUGCAUACAGAGCAUUAUUAAAUAACACGUCUCAUUGUGAAACAUACCAAUUGUCCCUCUUAAGUGUUAAUAAAUCAUGAUACUGGUGCUCUCACAUAAUUUAAUGUUCUAAACUUUACGUGUUGAUGUGUGUGUCUGCCUCGGCCAAUGAAGGUGCGUACAGCAAACGCCUGAUGACCCACGCUAGCCUCAUCCUCCAAACUCUUAACAAUAUGUUUAUCGCAGCGUCUUCAGAAACAGAGUGAAGCGCGAUGAGCUUGGUAGUUUCACCGUUUCCAUCCGCUUCAUAUGCCAACGCCCAACAGCAAGUCUAUCGGUUUAACACGUCGGCUUUCGCGACCAGUAUCCAUAAUACAGGCUUUCUUGAUGGGUUCGAUAGCGGUUACCCCCUCGAGCGCCGUGCCGGCUUCCUACCUCUCGAGACAAAGCCAUUCUGCGGGAGUGAUGGAGGGGCUCCGUGACUCUCCGUCAUCGUGCCCUCGUGUGAAACGUCAUCCGUCGUGGAACCGGCAAGCAGCAGCGCUUCGAAUCUCUGGACGAGCGCAGGAGACGCCGCGAUGCUUCUCUGUGCACGGUUCGACAGGCACGCGGAUGGGUUGCUCCUGGGGUGGUUCGAGUUCACCAAAUGCCAAUUGUCGCGAGACCCCGAGACGAUGUCCCACUGUCGUGGUGUGCGGCCCCGGCACAAACUCGCUCGGCAAAACCCCAGGAUAGCAGCGAUCAUUCAGCUGCUUACGUGCCACUUUCGUUGCCAGCCGGAGUAAAGCGGAUUGGGUGUUUAAAACAAAUCAACGCGCGUGUUCUGGUUGUCAAUCUGACCGAGAUCGAACUCGUGUGACGCAGGACACGUGACUGCGGCAAACCCGGCGACCAGAGUUCGAUUCCCGCUCACGACCAAUAACUGGCGAAUAUUUGAACCUCUCGUGGGCCCUCCCCUAGGUCGAUUCGGCCUCAUGAGUACCUGGUGCGGUGCGUAAACACCGUCACACGGGAAAUAAAGGCGACCGGGCGUGGUGCUGGGGCCGCUCGUGUGCCAUGCCGGCCUUCGUAGGUGCCGCUCGCUAACAGAACUUAAGCCCCAACAGUCUGUGAAGUCUGUGAAGGCAACGCGGGGGAUCUUUGCUGGGGGUCGGAGUUGAGGCGUGGACAUGUUGCGCCCUUGGUCUCCAAAUCCCUCGCUGGCUUCACUGGCCACGUGUUCAUGCAUUCUUUGUCACGUGGGAGAUUUGCAUUGAACCGGCGGAGGCCUUUGGAUGACAACCUUCCCCGCCACUGCCAGGCGGUGCUGGCUGUGCACGUGGCCUGUCAUCCAGCACUGGAGGCAAGGGGCUUGGUGGAUUGCGCAAAUGGGCGUCAGGGAAGUGCAAUACCCCCGGCUUGCCAGGAGAGGGCAGUACAGACACAUGUGGAGCUCAGCUGUUCCGUCUCCUCCCCGAGCAAGUACCACGUGUCCCCAUCUGUGCACGCGUGGGUCUUGUCCGGGUUACUCCCACGGGCACCACUCGGUGAUUGGCAGGUAACACCUUUAUACAUAGAGGACCGCAGAGCUCGUGGCUGCUGCCUUCCAGUUCGUCUGGUUCCCUGCACCUCGGCGAGUUCUCCCGAACUUCGUUGAACUUCUUUCGCACCGUACCUAGCCAACCGCGUUAAUCCACAAAAGUGAGUGGAUACUGCUCGCGUUACAAGUUGGGCUUAGUACCGUAACCUGUGGGCUGCUUACAUUGACUCUACUCUGCCUUCCUGCCCAGUCAGCCAAUGCAGCUUUGAAAUGUAACUGUUUUGUGAUACUGCGUUGCCAUUGGUGCACACACACACACGUUACAUUGGUGCACACACACACGUUACAUUGGUGCACACACACACGUUACAUUGGUGCACACACACACGUUACAUUGGUGCACACACACGCUACAAAACGCCGAGACACUUGGCACGAGCACUGCCGUUGGGAGGAAACUACAGAUAAUCGGUGGCAUUUCAUGCAACGGCUCUGCCACUCUAAAGAACGGCCUUUUUGUUCUGAAGACGCGCCAUUGCCUGAAACGUUGCCUAUUAAGUAACGGGUUAAUGAUGAAUGUGAUGAAUUUGUGGUAUUACAGCAAUUCCCCGGUUUACGUGAGGGGAGGGCGGGAUGCGUUCCUGAAAGGUGCGCCGACGAAUAUCGAAACGAUGUCAAUGGAAGCGAUGUUACACGGUCGUAGUGAGUGGUGGUGGUGGGUGCGAUGGCUGAGAGGCGACGGAUAACAAGAAGGAACGGACAGUGCCGUCAGCGAGGUCCGCGUGGGUUCAGGCGACGAUAAUCAUCGUCGGGUAGCGGUGUUGAUAAUAAGGUGACGACUAUUUUGUGAAACGAGGAAAAAUGGGGAGACGUGAAUCGGGGUGUUCCUGUACAACUAAGACGGGGGCAUAUUGAGGACAUGUUGUAAAGUGUAUGUACGGUGAACGUAUUCUUUGCGUCUUUCGGUAAUGUCACGUAGAUAGCUUAAAAGAAAAUAACAAAUAACUACGACGUUUCGAUCACAACACAAG